UCCCAGCCUCACCUCAGUUCCCAAAACCAACUUGCGUUCGAAACAGUGAACAAGCGUUUGUCCCAAAACCACUCAAACGUACUCCGCCAUCCCAGAAACUCCCACCACCACCACCCGCCUCUCAACCUCGAGAAUUCAGACUCGCCUACACCUACACCAAGCACCAAUACGUCCAAACCUACACCGUCUCCAACUUCUACUUCAACUACCUAAUCAUGGCCUCCAACACCACAAACACCAAAACCGCCGCCCCAACUCCCCCAUUCCCUUCCACCAACGGCGCCGGCCCCUCCAAAGACUCCAUUCUCAAUGACCUCAGACGCCAACUAGACGACUCAGACAUCUCAUCCAACGCCGGCUCAAAUUCCUCUGGCCGCAGACGCAGAAGAAGAAAGAACAAGAGCGCACUAGGCCAACCCCUCGCUGCCACCGGCCCAACCGUCAUCCCCAGAUUAGCGGAAACGAAACCGGUGAGAUUACAACUCGGGUUGAAUCUCGACGUUGAGCUCGAGUUGAAAGCGCGAAUUCAGGGGGAUGUUAGUUUGACUUUGCUGUGAGUCCUCCCUUCCUCCCUCCUGCUUCCUUUACCAGAUAUUCGAACCAUAGGAAACGGACAGCUAACCUACACAUCUUCCUAGCCAAUAAGUAUCUCCAAGACUCCCCCCUCCAA